UCUUAUAAACAACAAUUUCUUAUCAAUUUGAUAUCAAACCGUGGCCAGAACCGAAAAUGCUUUACUUUUUCUCAAAUUUUUCAAAAUUUUAAGAGAUUGUAUAGUGAAUUUGAAUAAUGCUGCGUUGAAAUAGGACGUUAAUUGAUUUCAGACUACCAUCGUUUACAAAAAUUAUCCAUUUUAUUCAGUCAAUGCGAAUGAUAUUGCGUUAAAAUGGGACGUUAAUCGAUCUGAGGUUGCCAUCGUUUAGAAUUUGAACCUCGAAGAAGAAAGAUAUCGCCGUAGAAUGGAUCAGUUUCCGAACUCUGACGAGAGUUCGAACGUAGCACUUCAAAAUUGUCGAAGCUUGGAGCGACUGUUAGAUACAAUACGUAAACCGAGCCCUCCAGGAGACGAGAUUUUAGAAAUAUUAAAGGAGAAUGUCCAGCUCUUCGUUGCAUUCAUUGAGCUAGAGACUCAGCCGAUAAUUAAUGAUAUACCAUCGAACCAUCAAAAGAAGCGUCGUCGUCGUCGUCCUGGUUCCAAGAAUCAAAAUCAGAAUGAAAAUCCAUAUCCGUCAAGUGAACCAAAUUCUUCGCCUUACAGAAAAUCGGAUUCACUCCCUAGUCAUGGAAACACCACAGAGGAUGAUGAAAAACCUAUUCACGCUCUCAGGAAUUCACUACGUCCUCCAUGGCUAUCUUCAGUCGUGCAAAGUUCUAGCUCAAAUUCGAAGGAAUCUAUUUCUUCUUCUUCUUCAUAUUCGCAAAUUCCAGUAGUCAACGCUAUUGCUCCGGUAGUCAAUGCUGCUCGUGUAGUCAAUACUACUGCUCCAGUAUUCAAUGCUGCUGCUCCUGUAGUCAAUACUAUUGCUCCGCGAUUCAAUGCUGCUCCUGUAGUCAAUACUACUGCUCCGCGAUUCAAUGCUGCUCUGCAAUUCAAUGCUGCUCCGCAAUUCAAUGCUGCUCCGCAAUUCAAUGCUGCUCCUCAAUUCAAUGCUGCUCCGCAAUACAAUGCUGCUCCACAAUUCAAUGCUGCUCCGCGAUUCAAUGCUACUCCGCGAUUCAAUGCUGCUCCUGGUGUCAAUACUAUUGCUCCACGAUUCAAUGCUGCUCCUGUAGUCAAUACUAUUGCUCCGCGAUUCAAUGCUGCUCGUGUAGUCAAUACUAUUCCUCCAUUAUUCAAUGCUGCUCCUGUAAACAAUACUAUUCCUCCGCGAUUCAAUGCUGCUCCUGUAAACAAUACUAUUCCUCCGCGAUUCAAUGCUGCUCCUGUAGUCAAUACUAUUCCUCCAUUAUUCAAUACUAUUGCUAUCAACCCGAACGAACAUCAAUUCAAUCUACUUCCCAGGUUUGUCCAAGCACCAGGCGGACAAGAUAUCACUGAUAUCAGUUGUGGAGCUGUUCCUCCGCCAAAACGUCAAAAAGUACCUCCGCCAAAGAAACCAAAAAUACCUCCGCCUAAACAAAAAAAGGGAACGGGGGCAGAGAAAGGAAAUUACCAUCGCAGAUACCGUAAGCGUUUCGGCACCGACUCGGCAGAAUUGCGCCCAUUCUACCCGCUAAACAGCUACCCACAUUUCUACACGGCGGCAGGGUUUGAAGUAACGGAAGAUAACUACUUCGCGGUAUUCUUCGCCUACAACAUUUGGAUGAUUGGUGACGGCCAUGUGGCCGGCAUGGCAAAAAAUCUAGGAACAGGAAAGCCGUACGAACCGGUGAUAAACACUGAAAUUUACCGUCGGGAUUUAUUAUUGAUCACGUUGGUCAACUAUUUGCGCAACAGCUUUAAAGAAUUACCGAAGCGUAUAAUGAUGUCGAUAGGAAAUUUCGAUGUAAUAGUGGGAACCACGCACACCGAAUUCCAUCGGAAUAUGCAACGGCUGGUUUCAUUAUUAAAAAAAUUUGGCGUAACCGAGCUGAUUAUUGUACCGUUAAUUCCCCAUCCGAGCGCUCAAUCAUCAUCUUUUCAAAAUAUUCAGCGAGUACUCUCUUACGAGUGGGGCAAGUCGUUAGGUGGUACAGUGACUAGAAUCGACGAUAUGUUCACCGAUUUAUGCCAAACAACAGCUGAAUUCGACAACUUCGGUCCGUAUUAUCCGUCAGAGGCUUACAAAGACACCUUAAUGAAGAUUAAAACACGUUUCAUACCCGAUAUACUACCCAACCAACCAGCCAACAAACCAGCCAAAGAACCAGAACCAGAACCAGAUGACGAAUGUGCCGAACUACAAAUAUCAACAAUGGAUACAGUGUACAGGUUUCAAGGAGGAGCUGCCAUUUCAGCAGCCCAUUGAAAACCAACAACCCGCCGAGAAUCCUGAACCGGUGUAGAAUUUGUCGCUGAUUGAAAACGCUCAACCAAUCAAAGAAGAUCAUGGCAAAGUUAUCCGAAUACUCCAGCCAAGCCAUCAGUUGCGUCACCCUCGUUGUAAAAAGCUGGAUAACAGCAGAGCAGAUGACCGAAAUAAUAAAACGAGAAGUAAAAUACAGGCGAUGCGAGAAACUGCGAAAAGAAGAGAAAUUACAAAAGGCCGAAAUUUAAAAACUUUGCAAUCGUACAGAAAAAUUUGUUUGACACUGAGCAGUCAAUGAAGCAGUCGCACAAGGCGAAGAAGAUGGCGGUUACUUGCGAGGAAGAAUAAACGCCGAAGUAACAAAAGAAGAUUCUGAACCUUCAAGCUCAAAAUUCUUCAAAAACACCCAACUCGACUACUCCAACAAUAACCUCCAAAGCGACUCAAGAAUUGAAAAAUCUCGAGCCAAACUUGGUCAACGUUUUGGACCCCUCUUCAAAGAUGACUAAAACAUGGUCCCAAAGUGUAAACGAAGGGGGAGAGGUAAGCGAAGCGGCGAAAAACUACUGAAAAUGAAGUUGAUCAAUACGUAACAACCGAAGAAGAAGAAGAAGAAAAACAACAAUAAAUCAUAAAUUCUUCAUUUCAUUUUGCUGCAGAAAUACCCCCUUCGUUUCGACCUGUUUUUUUGCUGUAAAUACUAUUGUUUAUCAAAUGACAUUUGUUUGUAUUUUCGUUUCGCAUGUAAUUUUUCGUUUCAUUACCAGAUGUAAUUAUUUAAAAAAUUAUAUUUUUUAUUUUUUUCAAAACUGAAAA